AUGCCCUUGCUGAUGACGCCCGGGGCGCAGCAGCCGCUUCGUUGCGGGCUGCUGCGCCGUGAGGACCGCCUGGGGCUUCGCCGUCGCAACUCUUCUCGACACGAUCCACUGGAGGACUGGAGAGGGCUUACUGGGGCUGCUGGUGACUUGCUCCGUGAGCCUUAUGACGUGGGCCCGAUCCUUCUCAACCCCGCCAAGGAUUUCCCUGGUUCAUUCGGUCGCUACUUCCGUGACUCCCUCAAACCUCAGCUGCGCGAGCACAUGGCCACCAUGGGAGGUCGGCUGCAACGUGACUUCCUGCCGUUACCGUACCCUACCAUCGUGAAGACCGACGUCGCGUGCGACGGCGAUGACUUUAGCGACUUGAACCGGAAGGGGCCCGACUGCAGGCUGGUUGUCACGGUGCUGGCGCUCAACGGGGAGGCAGGCUCCCGCUCGCCGAAGUUCGCGCGCCUCUGCCGCAGGCGCCCGAGCGCUGCUCAGCGGGCAGCCUGGGCUGCCCUGAGUCGCCCCCUGUACCUGGCGACGCGCAUCGAGACCAGCCUGCCUGCAGAGCUCAACUGGGAGGACUGCCUGAAGGGCUGCAAGAUCGGCUACGGCGGCGCCGAGAUCACCGCCCCUCAUGAGCUGACCUUGGAGCAGGUGCUGGACGGCUUGCCGCCGCCUGGGGUUGCGGCCUUGAUUGAGGCUGCCGAGGUCGCGACGGGCUUCGUGCGUGACUCGUUGCUGGAUUCUGGGCUGGUGCUGCUGCCGCCUGCGCUGAGCCGUGCGGCGCCGACUUCGGUGCGGGCCUACGACGCCCCUGCCAAGUGCCAGGGCGGGGUGCUGAGGCCCGUGCUCAGGCUCAUCUCCGAUCUGAUCCCGUCGAACGCCUGCCAAGAGUGCAUCAUUGGCGGCGCGCCCGAGAUGCCGACGAUGUGCCAACUGAACGGCCUGGUCUUGACGGACUCUGAGGACCUGGUGUGGAGCGGCGCCGACAUGAAGGCCCUCUUCUACGCCUUCCGCGCGCCGCCGCCGUGGUGGCCGUACAUGGGGAUCGGGCCGCCAGCGCCGUCACGCCUGCUGGGUCUCGAGGGCGGCGGCGCUACCCACAUCUGCCUGCGCGUGAUCGGCAUGGGCUGGUUCAGCGCAGUAGGGGCCGUUGACAAAUCUGAGGCCGACAAGCCGCGCGGGACGGUCCCCGAGCUGCUGUCUGACGCUCGUGCCUGCUGCGAGGCCGCAGGGUCGCCUGGGUCCCCGGGCAGGGACCUGCACCGCGUGGUGCGCGCUGCCACGCUGGGCGAGCUUGUUGAUGGCGUUGAAGGUGUCCGUCGGCCGCCGGCGGGAUACAUCGCUGUGAAGGCCAGCCUCACGCUCUGGGUUCUGGGCCAGAGGCGGGCCAGCAUGCAAUUGAAACGUAUUCUUCCUGGGCGCUGGGGUCGCGGGCACGGCGUCCGCCGCCCGCUGGCCGCGAGCUUCGCUUACACUUGGAAGUGGCUCAACGACCCGGGCUGUGGAGGCCGCUUCAGCGUGAGUGUGAUCGAGGACUGGUCGAUGUGCCUGGCCUUGUCGGGGCGCUGCGUGGCCGAUAUGAGGCUCGAGGUCGACCACCUGGUGACGGCCUCGGACGCGUCCGAGGCCGCUGGGGCCGUGGUGUACAGCACGGCGCUUACCGAGCGCGGGCGUGUCGUCGCGGGCAGAUGCCAGCGGCCCGCGAUCGCCGCCCGCGAGCAGGAGAUCGCCCUGAUCACCGUCUUUGAUGGCAUCGGCGGCGGGCGCGGAGCCCUCGAGAUACUGGGCCUGGUACCAGCGGUUCACCUAUCGUUUGAGGUUGACCCGCAGGCGGUCCGCGUUGCGCGGCGCGCUUGUCCUGACACGCACCUCAGGGAUGUUGCAUCUGCUGACCCUGCUGCCUUGGCUAGCCUACUGCGGGCCCGCGGCCGCAUCGCCCGCGCGGUGGUCAUCGGCGGCUUCCCGUGCCAGAUCUACACGAGCUUGAACGUCGACCGCCAGGGCUCGUCGGACUCGCGCGCCUCGCUGGUCGAUCACAUGGUGAGGGUCAUCCGAGGUCUGCGUGCCGCCAUGCCCGAGGUGAGCGUUGACUUCCUUGGCAAAAAUGUUGCGUCAGUGGCAGAGUCCGACAUCCUUCACCUCAGCGGGUUGUUCGAGCGGACCCCCUUGGAGGUUGAGGCUGGUGACGUCGGCUGGGUGGGCCGUCCUCGUCUCUCCUGCCCGUCCUGGGACUUCCUGCCAUCGUACGAGGCCAAGACCGUGAUGGUGCUGACCAAGGACGGGGCCUCUCGCCGCCUGUACCGCGUGUCGCUGGAGGUGGAGCGCCCGCCGCUGGAGGAGUGGCUGCCGCCCUACCAGUUCCAUGACAAGUGGUGCAUUCAUUGGCCUGACGGACGGACCGCGCCUCCUGGCGCGGUGAUGAGGGAGAAGCUGAUGGGCUUCGCCGAAGGCUACACCGUGCCGCGCAGGACCAGCAGGGAGGCGGAGGCCGAGCCCGUCAAGUACGAGGGAUUGAGGAGUUCGCUGGUCGGCAACUCGUUCCAGUGCGUGGUGGUGGCGUUGCUGCUGGCGCACUGGGCUGUCGCUGCAGGGCUGCUGGUGGCGGUGCCGCCGCUCUCCGAGCUGCGCGAGAGCGCUCGGGCUUGGGUUGGCGGGCGCAAGCUGUGGGCUGGCGACGUCACCUCGCUGCGAUGCAGCCGUGUGAAGGUCGGCUCGGAGGUCUUUGGCGAGCUGGUGGCCCGCAGCGCAGCCGCAUCGAGCGAACGCCAGCGGGCGGGUGAGCGGCCCGCCGCGGCGGCGCCGGCGACGGGCGGCAGCCUCGUCUACGUCGUGCGCGGCUCACGGCGCUGGAGCCUCGCCCCGUCCUGUUUCGGCAACCCGUUCGCAGUGAGCUCGAGCUACUCCCGCGAGGACGCGGUGGCGCUGCUUGCUUGA